CCCAACACAUCACAACCUACACUACUAGUACCCAUCCAGUGAUACCAGCAGACACAGUCUUGCACAAUGGGCCUCCUCCACCUCCUCACCCUCGCCCUUCCCCUCCUCCACCUCCCAACCCCGACCCUCAGCCUCCGAAUCGCCUGCAGCCAGCAAUGGGUCGAACACACGCCCCUCGUGUACGCAGCGCGCAACUUCUACAACCCUGCAGCCGCCAGUUCGGACACGGCGACCAUCACCAACGGUGGCGUCCCCAACCUCAGCAGCGACCGGAGCAUCGACCUAGCCGCCAACGCCGAGACUCAGGGUCUCAAAAACUACGCCCGCAACAAAAACAUCCGCCUCAUCGGCAUCCUCGUCGAGGUCACCUACCGCCUGGUGGCGCACAAAGGCGCCGGGAUCAACACUCUGGCCGAUCUCAGGGGCAAACGCAUCGGGACUAUCGCGGGGACUUCGGCGGAAGUGUUUGUCCGGCAGCUGCUUGCGACUGCAGGGCUCGCGCAGGGGGAUUAUACCACUGUUAAUGGGAAUGUGUGCAUGAAGGCCCCCUGCGCGGCGGAUACCUUCCCCGCGCAGUUCAGUGGGCGGAGGAUUGAUGCGUUUGGGGUGUGGGAGACGUCGGUUGAGUUGGGGAUUCAGGCGGUGGGAGAGGGGGAUGUGGUGGUGUUUAAGAAUGCAUCGGUUUAUCGGGAGGUGUAUAGUCUGUAUUCGACGCAGGAGAAGUUGAGGGAUGCGGGGACCAGGCAGAGGAUUGUGCAGUUUGUGCGGGCGUUGAAUCAGACGUAUGAGGUUUUCAAGAGGCCUACGGAGGCGGUUUACUCGAUGGUCGGGCAGACGGUCAAUGUGGAUGUGCCAGUGUUGAAGAAUGUGUGGGAGGAUCAUGUCUGGGGGCCGGGGAGUUUGGGGAAGGAUUUGGUGGAUUUUUUGGAGAGGGAGGAUCAGUAUCUUGCUAGGACUGACAGGCGCCAGGCGUUUACGAGGGCGGAGUUGGAGCAGUUUGUGGAUACCAGCGUGUACGAGGAAGCUAUGCGUGGCUAGGUGGCUUCUGUCGUGAUGUUGCUGAGGUUAGCUCGGGCUGUCAGGGGCAAUGCAUGAAUAUAUGGAUACUAGAACAGCAGCACGCUGUGUUCUCCGGAGCACAUAAACUUAUGAACUGUAUCAUCCGGGUCUUUGGUGAGCUCUAGGGUCUAUUCUGAGUGGCAAUCCGAGUCAUGUAUCUUGAUAA